UCUUAGCCAGUGGCCAGAGACCCACUCCCCAAAACUGUUUCUGGCCAGCCAGGAAGGAGGAAGACCCGGCACUGAACCAGAGCUGACUUGACAUCCCAGGGCAGGCUGAUUUCUGGGAAGCGCCCUGCUCUUGUUCUAAGGAAAAGUGUGCCUGCUUCCCAGAAAGCCUGGCUGCCGCCUCCUCUCCCUUCCUCUGCUGGCCCACGGCAGCCUCAGCGUUGUGCCUCACUCUCUGGGCAAGAUAACACCUCCAUGGGAGUAGGUGGGCAGACAGCGUGCCCUCCCUCCUCCAUGAAGCCUUCCUGAUCCUGAGGAGUUCUGAAUAGCCAGGAAUUUGAAAGCCCAGGAGCCAUCAGAUCACCUGUUCAUGCAGAGCUCUACGCAGGAGAUUGGGGAGGAGCUGAUCAACGGGGUCAUCUACUCCAUCUCCCUGCGCAAGGUUCAGCUACACCAGGGAGCCACCAAGGGCCAGCGCUGGCUGGGGUGUGAGAAUGAGUCGGCCCUGAACCUCUAUGAGACCUGCAAAGUGCGCACAGUGAAGGCCGGCACUCUGGAGAAGCUGGUGGAGCACCUGGUGCCUGCCUUCCAGGGCAGUGACCUUUCCUACGUCACCAUCUUCCUGUGCACCUACAGAGCCUUCACCACCACUCAGCAGGUGCUAGACCUGCUCUUCAAAAGCAGGUACGGUAGAUGUGACGCCCUCACGGCCUCCUCUAGAUAUGGCUGCAUCCUCCCGUACUCCAGUGAGGACGGUGGACCGCAGGACCAACUCAAAAAUGCCAUCUCCUCCAUCCUGGGCACCUGGCUGGACCAAUACUCGGAGGAUUUCUGUCAGCCUCCGGACUUUCCCUGCCUCAAGCAGCUGGUGGCUUACGUGCAGCUCAACAUGCCGGGUUCAGACCUCGAGCGUCGUGCUCACCUUCUUCUGGCCCAGCUGGAGGACCUGGAGCCCAGCGAGGCUGAGCCUGAGGCCCUGUCUCCAGCUCCAGUGCUGUCACUGAAACCAGCUUCACAGCCAGAGCCAGCUCCAGCUCUGCUUCUGACAUCCAGCCCGGUGGCGGCAUCAGCCCGGGAGCCAGAGCCAGCACCGGCCUCUGAGCCGGAUCCAGUCCCAGAACCACCAGCACGGGCAUCCAGCCCGGUGGCAGCACCAGCUUCUGAGCCGGAACCAGCUCCAGCGCCACCUCUAGAGCCUGAGCCGUCCCUAGCCCCGGCUCCGGAGCUGGAGCCGCCUCUCUUGCAGACUCUAGAGCUUGAUCCCGCUCCUGCGCCAACUCCUGCACUAGAGCCUUCCUGGCCUCUGCCUGGAGCCACAGAGAAUGGACUGGGUGUGAAGCCUCACCUCCUGCUCUUCCCUCCAGACCUGGUGGCUGAACAGUUUACACUGAUGGACGCUGAACUAUUCAAGAAAGUGGUGCCCUACCACUGCCUGGGCUCCAUCUGGUCCCAGCGGGACAAGAAGGGCAAGGAGCACCUCGCGCCUACCAUCCGUGCCACCGUCGCCCAGUUCAACAACGUGGCCAACUGUGUCAUUACUACCUGCCUUGGGGACCAGAGCAUGAAGGCCCCGGACAGGGCCCGGGUGGUGGAACACUGGAUCGAGGUGGCCAGGGAGUGCAGAGUGCUCAAGAAUUUCUCCUCCCUCUACGCCAUCCUCUCUGCUCUACAGAGCAAUGCCAUCCACCGCCUAAAGAAGACAUGGGAAGAGGUCUCCAGGGAUAGUUUGCGAGUGUUCCAGAAACUGUCGGAGAUUUUCUCUGAUGAGAACAACUACUCACUGAGCAGAGAGCUACUCAUCAAGGAGGGCACCUCCAAGUUUGCCACACUGGAAAUGAACCCUAGGAGAGCCCAGAGGCGGCAGAAGGAGACGGGUGUCAUCCAGGGCACUGUCCCCUACCUGGGCACAUUCCUCACUGACCUGGUGAUGCUGGACACUGCCAUGAAGGACUAUCUGUAUGGAAGACUCAUCAACUUCGAAAAGAGAAGGAAGGAGUUCGAAGUGAUCGCCCAGAUCAAGCUGCUGCAGUCCGCCUGCAACAAUUACAGCAUUGCUCCCGAGGAGCACUUUGGAGCCUGGUUCCGAGCCAUGGAACGGCUCAGUGAGGCUGAGAGCUACAACCUUUCGUGUGAGCUGGAGCCCCCGUCCGAGUCAGCCAGCAACACCCUCAGGAGCAAGAAAAGCACAGCCAUUGUCAAGCGCUGGAGCGACCGCCAGGCUCCCAGCACGGAGCUCAGUACCAGUAGCAGUGCCCACUCCAAGUCCUGUGACCAGCUCCGGUGCGGCCCCUACCUCGGCAGCGGGGACAUCACUGACGCCCUCAGUGUGCACUCAGCUGGUUCUUCCAGCUCUGACGUGGAAGAAAUCAACAUGAGCUUUGUCCCAGAGUCCCCUGAUGGCCAGGAAAAGAAGUUCUGGGAGUCAGCCUCCCAGUCAUCCCCAGAGACCUCUGGCAUCAGCUCAGCCUCCAGCAGCACCUCCUCUUCAUCAGCCUCUACCACACCCGUGUCUACCACACGUACCCACAAGCGCUCCGUCUCGGGGGUCUGCAGCUACAGCUCCUCACUGCCGCUCUAUAACCAGCAGGUGGGCGACUGCUGCAUCAUUCGGGUCAGCCUGGAUGUGGACAACGGGAACAUGUACAAGAGCAUCCUGGUGACCAGCCAGGAUAAGGCCCCGACCGUCAUCCGAAAAGCCAUGGACAAACACAACCUGGAUGAGGACGAGCCAGAGGACUACGAGCUGGUACAGAUCAUCUCAGAAGAUCACAAGCUGAAGAUUCCAGAAAACGCCAACGUGUUCUAUGCCAUGAACUCUACCGCCAACUACGACUUUAUCCUAAAGAAGCGGACCUUCACCAAGGGGGUUAAGGUCAAGCAUGGAGCCAGCUCCACUCUCCCUCGUAUGAAGCAGAAAGGACUCAAGAUUGCCAAAGGCAUCUUCUAAGGACGUCUCCCGGGCUCUGGCUGGCUGGGGACUAAGCGCUUAGAGACUAGAGUGGCCCAGGCCACACAGGUACCUCUGCCCACCUGCCAGCCCAGGCUACCCCCAGACUCCAAUUUCACCCUAAACUCUCCUGCUGCCGGGAUUGACACCUGCCGCCGACAGGCUGACCUGGCCUCCGGGGACCACUUGCCGCCUUAGGUGCCUUCUGCUCUCUGGAACCAGAGGACUAGCUGACUUUUGCCAAGGAGUACUGCCAACUGGGCAUGGUACCUUGCCUGCCCUGGACACUACCCUCCACACUUUCCUGACACCUCCCCAGAUGCAGAUCACUGCCACCCGUGCCCCCAGAUGCUCCAGGGCACCCACACAUCCAGCAGGGCUGACCACUGCAUUCUCUCCUUGUGCCCACAGGCACUGGCCUGGGACCUUCAAGAAGUCCCGGCCUUUCCUCCCACACUCUAGCCUUUCUCAGGCUGCACCAAAGAUUCCACCUUCAGGGCCUACGAAGUGAGGGAGUCUCGCCCACCACGAGCCCCAGCCUUGGAUCAGAGAGAGAAGCCCUCUCACGGACCACCUGGUUGGUAUCGAAUCCCAUACCACUGAAAGUGCCAUUCAACACCACCACAUCCUGGGUUGUACAAGACUACGUGAAAUGGGAGGCUGGGGGUAAGGAGAUUUGCGGGGAGGGGAAGACGACUGAAUAUUUGUAUAAAAAGUAAAAAAGUUUACUGAUUGGGGUGGGGCAAUAUUUAUUUGUUGUAAAUAGAAAAUGCUAGACUUGAAUAUUAUAUUAAAAUCCAGUUUCUACUA